AUGCGGAUCAUCGAAAUUGUCAUAGACGGAUUCAAAUCCUACGCCGUGCGAACGGUGAUCUCAGGAUGGGAUGAAGCGUUCAACUCGAUCACCGGCCUCAAUGGCUCUGGAAAAUCCAAUAUCCUGGACGCCAUUUGCUUCGUCCUCGGAAUUACAAACAUGAGCACUGUCCGCGCGCAGAACCUACAAGACCUCAUCUACAAGCGCGGUCAGGCUGGUGUCACCAAGGCCAGUGUGACAAUCGUAUUUGAUAACCGCGACACAGCCAAGUCACCGAUUGGCUUUGAGGAAUACGCCAACAUCUCCGUUACCCGGCAGAUCGUCCUCGGCGGCACGAGCAAAUACCUCAUCAAUGGCCACCGCGCGCAGCAGCAAACGGUUCAAAAUCUCUUCCAGAGUGUGCAACUCAAUAUCAACAACCCAAACUUCUUGAUUAUGCAAGGACGAAUCACUAAAGUUUUGAAUAUGAAGGCCGUGGAGAUUCUCUCCAUGAUCGAGGAAGCGGCGGGAACGAGAAUGUUCGAAGAUAGGAGGGAGAAGGCAAUCAAAACGAUGUCAAAGAAGGAGUUGAAAUUGCGCGAAAUCGAAGAGCUCCUCAAAGAGGAAAUCGAACCUAAGCUCGAGAAACUUCGAUCGGAGAAGCGCGCGUUCCUCGACUUCCAACAGACGCAAAACGAUCUCGAGCGCUUGACUCGGCUUGUGGUUGCACAUGAUUACGUUCGAGGUGGGGAACGUUUGCGCGCGGCAGGAGAAGAGUGCGACAAAAAGCGAAGCAAGGUUCAGGCACUGGAGGAGAAUGCGGAUAAAUUGAGAAAUGAGAUUUCUCAUUUGGAGGAAGACGUGCAACGGGUGCGAACAGCUCGCGACAAGGAGCUUAGGAAAGGCGGCAAGUUCCAAGCUCUCGAGGACGAGGUCAAGAACUACUCGCAUGAAUUGGUUCGAUUGACAACUGUCUUUGACUUGAAGAAUGCCAGUGCCGACGAAGAGAAGGAGAAACGAACGGUGCUCCAGAAAUCGGUCAGCGACUUGGAAGAAACUCUCAAGGAGAAGAGAAAGGUCUACGAUAAACUUCAAGGGCAAUAUGAUGCUGCAAAGGCCGAGCUUGAUGCACAAAAUGUGCAGGUUGAGCAAAAAGAGGAACUGUUGCAGACACUCCAGACUGGAGUUGCAUCCAAAGAGGGCCAAGAAAGCGGAUACCAGGGUCAGCUGCAGGACGCUCGGAACCGAGCCAGCAACGCUGCCACGGUACAAGAACAAGCGAAAUUGAAAAUAAGCAACUUCGAGAAAAGGAUCAAAGAGGAAGAACCUCGUGCAAGGAAAGCCAAAGAACAGAAUUCCGGUCUGCUAAGGGACCUGGAAGAAAUGAAGUCGCAAGCCAAGAAGUUGGAGUCCGAGCUUACUCGACUUGGCUUUGAGCCUGGCAAAGAGGAGCAAAUCUACCAAGAACAGGCAGGCUUACAGCGGGAUAUUCGGGAUCUUCGUCAAAGGGCUGACGCCUUGCGGAGGAAAGCUGCCAACAUCGAUUUUAAUUACCAAGAUCCACAUCCGAAAUUCGACCGAUCUAAAGUCAAGGGUCUGGUCGCUCAACUCUUCACGUUGAACAAGGAUCAGGUCGCAGCAGCUACAGCCCUCGAGAUCUGUGCUGGCGGACGUCUAUACAAUGUUGUCGUUGACUCGGCGGAAACUGGUACUCAACUACUCCAGAAAGGUAAAUUGCGCAAGAGAGUCACCAUCAUUCCCCUCAACAAAAUUUCUGCGUUCAGAGCUUCUGCAGAGAAGAUUGGGGCUGCACAGAACCUUGCACCUGGAAAGGUCGACCUGGCCUUGUCCCUCAUCGGAUACGACGAGGAGGUCGCCUCUGCGAUGGAUUAUGUGUUCGGCAACACCUUGAUCUGUCAGGACGCCGAGACUGCCAAGAAGGUGACAUUUGAUCCUUCUGUCCGGAUGAAGAGUGUUACUUUCGACGGGGAUGUCUACGACCCGUCUGGCACACUUUCUGGUGGCAGCUCUCCCAACUCGAGCGGAGUGCUGGUCACUUUGCAAAAGCUGAAUGAAAUCUCCAAGGAGCUGCGCAGCAAAGAACGGCAGUUGGCUUCCCUUGAGGACACCAUGGCCAGAGAGAAGAAGAAGCUGGAUGCCGUACGAUCCAUCAAGCAAGAGUUGGACCUCAAGUCUCAUGAGAUCAAGCUCACGGAAGAACAAAUCAAUGGGAAUUCCUCUUCUUCGAUCAUCCAAGCUGUCGAGGAGAUGAAAGCAAACAUCGAGCAACUCAAGAAAGACAUUGUCGAGGCCAAGGCUCGCCAUGCUGAAGCUAUCCAGGACGUUAAGCGCAUCGAGAAGGAUAUGAGCGAGUUUAGUAACAACAAAGACACUAAAUUGGCUGAGCUCCAGGAGUCGCUUAAUUCGCUGAAGAAGAGUCUUACUAAGAACUCCGCGUCUGUCAAGGAACUUCAAAAAGAACUACAAUCGUCUCGAUUGGACUCCGAGCAAGUGGGGAGUGACCUUUCUGCAGCGGAAGAGCAACUGGCCGAGUCCGAGAAUACGCUCCAGGCGCAAGUGGAAGAAAUCAAGUCGCUGAAGCGCGAACAAAUGCGACUGAAGGACGCACACGACAUCGCCCAAGCACAGCUCGAGGAUGAGCGGGCCAAGCUUACUGGAUUCGACGAAGAACUGCGCGAAUUAGAAGAUGCGAUCCAAUCAAAGUCAUCCCAGAUUACCGAGGAAGGCUUGGAGAUGCAAAAGCUUGGUCACCAACUUGAAAAGGUUCAGAGGGACCAGCAAACGGCUGCACAGGCCGUUUCACACAUGGAGCAGGAGCAUGACUGGAUUGCCGAUGAGAAGGAACAGUUUGGUCGUCCUAAUACACCAUAUCACUUCCAAAAGCAGAACAUCGCAGAGUGCAAGUCUACACUUCGCAACUUGACGGAACGGUCUCAGGGUAUGAAGAAGAAGAUCAACCCGAAAGUCAUGAACAUGAUCGACAGCGUGGAAAAGAAGGAGGCUGCGCUCAAAAACAUGAUGAGGACUGUUAUUCGCGAUAAGAGCAAAAUCGAGGAAACCAUCAUCAAUCUCAAUGAAUACAAGAAGGAGGCUCUUCACAAAACCUGGGUGAAGGUCAAUGGAGACUUUGGCCAGAUCUUCAAUGAGCUCCUGCCUGGCAGCUUUGCCAAGCUGGACCCUCCAGAAGGUAAAGACAUCACUGAUGGUCUCGAGGUCAAGGUAUCUCUCGGCAAGGUCUGGAAACAAAGUCUGACAGAGCUCAGUGGAGGACAACGCUCAUUGAUCGCUCUGUCCCUCAUCAUGGCCCUAUUGCAAUUCAAGCCCGCUCCGAUGUACAUCCUUGACGAGGUCGAUGCUGCUCUCGAUCUUUCUCAUACCCAGAACAUCGGACGUUUGAUCAAGACGCGGUUCAAGGGCUCUCAGUUCAUCGUUGUGUCUCUCAAGGACGGGAUGUUCCAAAAUGCGAACCGAAUUUUCCGUACUCGGUUCAGCGAGGGAACGAGUAUUGUUCAAGCAUUGACACCCGCUGACAUGAAAUGA